ACGACGAAGACUUGAUGGCUUUGAAGAGAAUCCAGAAGGAACUAAAGGAGUUGGAGAAGGACCCUCCUGCAGCUUGUAGUGCUGGCCCUGUUAGUAAUGAUCUGUUCGAAUGGCGAGCCACCAUUAUGGGCCCUCCAGACAGCCCUUAUGCUGGAGGAGUUUUUCUUGCAACUAUUCAUUUUCCGCCCGAUUAUCCAUUCACACCACCAAAGGUAGCUUUCAAAACUAGAGUUUACCAUCCAAAUAUCAACAGUAAAGGUAGUAUUUGUCUGGAUAUACUCAAGGCGCAGUGGAGCCCUGCCCUCACAAUAUCAAAGGUGCUGCUUUCUAUCUGUUCCUUGCUGACUGAUCCAAACCCGGACGAUCCCCUUGAGACUGAGAUCGCUAAACAAUACAAGACUAACCGGAGCAAGUACGAGAGCACUGCGCGAUCCUGGACUCAGAAGUAUGCUAUGGGCUGAAGUUACGCCGAGUAGCAUUAUGUUUCCCUAUUAAUAAUAGUAGUAGAAAACAACAGCAUAUGCUGAAAUUUUAAAUUCUAAUCACUUUACUAU